AUGGGAAAUCCAAAUUUUGCUAGUGGCAAGAGUGCCGAGGCAGUAUCCAACCCUCCACCAUACUCUUCUAUAACCGAGCCCAUUGAUGAGCCACCGACCUACCAACAGCCAAAUGUAUCACACAGUAUUUCCCGCGAUGGGGUUUCUACAUCUGAGGAGACGGUGGGUAUUAAUGAAUGUAUCACUCACCUGAAGUUUUUGGCGGCGACCGCCAAACUUCGCAACUUCAUUAGGGGAACAGAUAAACUCUUCGGGGUUUGCGAUAGUGAGAUCAGGAAUUUUCCAGACCCCCGCAAACAAUCACAGGCAGCUGUCCGCAUUCAAGAAAAGAGAUGGGCUGUUUAUGUGGCCAGAGCUGUGGAGCGAUUUACUGUUUGGUGGCAGACUUGCCUACCGAGCCUCAAUUCUAGUCGCAUCUCGAUGCUGGACAGCUCAUCGGAAGCCAAGAUAGCUUGGUCUACUGAUAUGAUGCCACCACUUGAUGUUCUCAUGGUCUGGCAUGCAUAUAUGCUUAAUCCGCAUGCUUUUCUCGAGGAUUGUUUGCGUCAAUCCAAAAUGAGCCUCUGGGCAACUGGGUUGCCAUGGGAUGUAGUAAACGCAUCCAUCGACGAUGAGACACUUGUCUUCUACCCGGGCAGCAAAGCGAGGAUAAACUUCGAGACAAGAACUGGUCAGUCCUGGGAAAAUAUUGACGACACCCCCACAAAAGCUCUGUUUUGCUUGGGAUGUAAGCAGGAAAUCAUUGCACCCUGGACGGAAGGAUCGAUUGGGUGCGAUCCAGAUGUCGCUUUUGCACACUGCAUUGGAUAUGCAGACAAAUCGUUGAGGGCUUCAUGCCCAGCAUGCAAAUUCAGUAUCACACACGAUAGUCUUCGUGUGCAGAAAUUUCGCAAUGAUGUCCAGAAGUUGUUGAAAGAUGAUUUGCCUAUGCCGGGCACACUUUUGUCGCAGAAUGGUACUCCCGCCGACGAUGAAAAUGACGAUAACGCGUCCUUCCCCAAUCAGCUUAUCAAAGAAGGCAUGAGAAGUGAGCUCCUGCAGCUUACGGACCUCACUGAAAAUGGAAGCGCCACCAUUGAAACUAUCCGCGACCAUCUCGAAGGAUUUUUGAAGAGUCGUUCAUUGAUGCGCCGCGUGAACAAGACAAUACUGGCCGCCGGGAAUUCAAGUAUGCCAGAAAGGAUAUCUCUUCGGAAUAUGCUCUCCCGGUAUUGGGACAACUCAUCCCCCUUCGCCAUCGACUUGGUCGGGGCGGUCAUACGGCAAGGGACAUUUGUGGACAAGAUGGAUAAGAUCGGUUGGAUACGUUCACCAAACCUGAGAUCGACCAUGGGUCACUUCGUCAGCAAGUACGAUAUGUUCUUCCAAAUAAUGGCCAAGAAUAAAGGCCAUGCUGUUGUACCCACUCUAGACAUCGACUUGAUUUGGCACACGCACCAGCUUUCUCCCGCCCGCUAUUACACCUUCUCUACUGCGCAGACAGAAGGCAUAUUCAUUAACCAUGACGACAAAAUCGACGAAAUAAAGCUCAAUGACGCAUUUGCCUGGACCUCAAAGCAAUAUCAAAAACUCACUGGCGGCAAGAUAUAUAGUGAAUGUAUCUGUUGGUAUUGCGAGGCACUGCGUGAAUCCAGCAAUCAGGGACUGAGCAGGUUGAUAUCGCCGUCUACCCUCCAUGCAAAAACCAACGCUGCUCGUCUUCACGACAGUGCUGAUACUACCACCGACGGUAGAAGUCAAGGACCACAUAUUUCGUCCCAUAACGCAGUUCGCAUCCUGGCCCAGUCUGAUCCAAGAGCAAUACAGACAAAGACCGCCCAGCUUGAAUCGUGCUGGGAAAAGGCACAGCGACGCUCUCAUAACCGCAGUGGCAGCAGAGGUGGUGGUAGUGCCUACGAAGACCCAUUAAGGAAAAAUAGCCACGGCCCCUACGAGCGCGAUCCAGAGAUUCUUCGUGAAAUAUAUCCCUGCAAUCCAGCAUGUGUGAAUAUUACUGCAGGAGUGGUGGGAAACUGUAUCAGCGGAACACAUGGUGUCGGCCUUGCACAAGGUGCAUGUGUGAGUGGGACCAUGUCCGCCCAGACAAGAUCGAAAGGUAAAAGCUUCUGCGCUGGCAUGGCAGGUUGCGGUGUAAGUCUCUAG